AUGAUCUCCUCCCUCGCCGAGAUGAAAAACCUCAAGUCGCCGCUGGACCGUCUCCCCCUAGUUAUCCAACACCCUUCCUUCUUCGAGAAUCCGGCCCAACACCUCUCGUCGCGAUCAUCUUCGGCGAUGGGGGAGUAUACUAGUGUCCCCGGGGUGCAGCUCUUUCAUAUGGAGCAUAGAGGAACCAAGGACAUUAAGAAGAAGGAUGCGGAUGAUCCCGUGGAGCGCAAGGAUAGCGUCAUGACGGAUGGAAUGGCGGACGACUCCGUUGACAAGACGCAUGUAUUGCCGCAGUCGUCGUCGGUCCAUUCAUCCGAGUUGGGGGCCAAAGAGAAGACUGAGAUCAUGACGGUCCGUAAGAUGGUCAAGGAGUUUGAUGAGGAGGGGGAGAGUAGUACUGCGCCCUCUGAGGACGAGAAGAAGAAGGCGGAGGAGAUGGAGAUGGGGAAGCGUAUGAAGGAGAGGGAGAUACGUAAGAGGGAGAUGGAGAAGCAGCAGAAGAAGGACAAGAAGAAGGAGAAGGGGGAAUCCGUGCCGUUGCCCGGUGGUGGUCAAUGGGGCGGCGACGCUCGAUGGGUGAAUGGAGCACGAGGUCGGGGCCGCGAUGCUCCCGGUAUUUUUCUUCAGCCCGAAGCUCCUCGGUCUUCGCCUCCGCCGCAGCCGGCUGGUGACCCUACCACCGCCGGCGUCUUCUCGCCCGAGCCGAAGAAGAGCAAGAGACAAACUAAACAAGAGAAGAAGAAGCAAAAGGAAGAGGCCGAAAAGGAGGAGCUUCUGGUGCUGCCCAAGGUGCCGUGGUGCCACCAGAGCGGCGGGUGUCGCCAGAAGCGCGGACGACGGAGGAGGAAGAUGGCCGGGUUCGCGGCGCGGUCAGUGGAUUUGCUGCGUAGGCUUUUCGGUAAGGGGGGUAGGGAGAAGGAGGAUGGGAAGGGGAAGGGGAGGGCGCGGUGUCGGAUUUGUGGUGAUGAGCUGGGGUUUGCGGUUGAGCGGGCGGAGUGGCAAGAAGAUAAAGAGAUUGCUGCUGUUGCUGCGGUGGGCAAGGAGACGUCGAGCGGCGCUGGUGAGCAAAAGUUCGACGUGGACUCGGACAAGAAGGACAUGGAUCGAACCGAUGCCGAUGGUAUGGGGGCGGCGGCGGGUGAAUCACGCUCGACGUUGGCGACUGUUCGUCUUACAAAGAUCCCAGAGGCGUGGUGGACAUUGUAG